CGCCGCCGCCGAAAAAAAUGCCCACGGCGCACACCUCUAUCUCUAGUAUAGAGUAGGUCGUGGCUGGAAUAGCCAACAGGAUCAUCAUCAUCGCAGUGUUGGCACUCCUUUACCCUCCCUGGGACUACUGGGAUUGUCUCAUUGGGCUGGAUAUGGUGUAAAGGCGAUUUACGGGUGAUUUUCCUGCUCUUUCGUACCAUUUCAACAGCGACAUUCCUACUUUUCGGAAGUCGGCAGGCGUCUUGUAUCGAAGUGUGGUGCAAGACUUAAACCGCAACGGACGACGCCACAACUAGGCUUAGGUCGGAGAAUUGCCAUUAAAGCAAAAACCCCGGACACACGGUCUAAGUAUGGCCCUGGAAAGCACUGCCAUGCCACCGUGAUCAACCGUCGGGAAAAGCUGUGAAGAGGUUGUGCAUACUGUGAAACAGCGGUCAACAAGCUGAACGUGCGCCUGUGCAUCGUCAGGUGCAAACACUUGGAAUUAUUCAGCACUUUUGAGUGCUGCUGUGAUCAUCCUUGUGAACAACUGUGUGCAGUGAAGUGCCCUGGGUUUAGGAUCUCAAGUAGCCGAAGACUAUGGAAGACUACCUACUUCGCAGAAGGUGGUGGUGAUGCUGAAAGGACUCACCGUUGUCUGCCACACAGAGGUGGGGGAACGUCACGACUGAUGCCCUGGGUGUGGGUCCUGGGCCGACUUCUAUAAGGGAACUGUGCCGACAUAUGUCUGAAAGCGCCUUUUGAAAACGCAGCAAAAAACCCCGGACACACGGUCUAAGUAUGGCCCUGGAAAGCACUGCCAUGCCACCGUCAUCAACCGUCGGGGGUCAACAAGCUGAACGUGUGCCUGUGCAUCGUCGGGUGCAAACACUUGCAAUUACUCAGCACUUUUGAGUUCUGCUGUGAUCGUCCUUGUGAACAACUGUGUGCAGUGAACUGCCCUGGGUUUAGAUUCUCAAGUAGCCGAAGACUAUGGAAGACUCCCUACUUCGCAGAAGGUAGGAAUCACUUCGGAGAACAGAACAGUGACGAGGACUUCACAUCUCAUACAGAGUUCCAGGCAUGCAGGUAAACCAUGGCACCCGAGAGGACAGGGGCGUGCGGACACAUGGCAUGGGGUAUCUGACGUUGAGCAUCACAACAGCACCUUCCGAAGGCCCUGCAGCUCCCCAAACAGCCACAAGGAAUACAGUAACCCUUAAAGGCAACCGCAACGUGGAGACAUCAGUGGUGUCCAAGCUCCAGAACGUGCAGGAGUGCCCUGAAGUGCUUGAAAGUGCUCCCUACCUGGCAGCCUGUGAAGACCUGGCAUACGAGAAGAAAUAUGCCUAUUCUCCCUUCCAAGGGCUUGUCAGGAAGUGUCACAGAAAGUUCAAGACCACUGCAACAAAGGUUCUCGGCACGUAACUCGUCACUCAGACACUCUGCGGCAAGGGCCACUCAGAAACAUGGGACCUCCCAGCCAACAGUUUAGGGCAAGUCACUGGGCAACCUGUUCCUGUGUGCCACCAUUUUCUUUGCUGGAAUGUAGCCCCGCAACUGUACUUCGUUUGCUCCGGCAGGUAGGGUUGCCACCAGGCCGGUAUUAUACCGGCACGGGUGGUUAUUUGCUCGCUCUGCCGGUUGCCGGUAGGAAGAUGAUACCAGCAGCCUUUUGCCGGUACACUGUUUCCUUCUUUCUCUCUCUGUAUACUCUCCACCCCUCACCCACUUUUCCUUUCCCGCAAACAUCUCCUCCUCUCUCUCUAUCCCACCUCCUCUCCCUCAGCCGGUGUUUUUCACUACGAAAGAUGGCAACCCUACCGGCAGGUAGGUGAUACUGGCUGAACGUAUCAGAACACAAAGGUAUAUGUAAUGCAUAGUAAGGUCCCCCUUAUAAUAUAAAUGCUUGCAGUGCGUGACAAUAUAGCUUAUAGCGAUAUAGCUUUCUGUAGCCACGUUUCGGAAACUACCAUAUCAUGAGGGUUAUAUGAGCAGAGAAAGCUGUGGAAUUCAAUUUUACUUUGAGACAGAACAUUUGAGACGUUUAACAUUGAUGUUGAGAAGCGAUAAACUACCAUGUUGUUCCAGUUAACGUCGACUUAACUCUGAAACAGAUUUGGCGACCUUCCUUGCCUUAUUUUCACCAUCGUCCCAAAUGCACAUUUCAUCGUUUACGUGCACGCGAUUGAACUUCAGGACAUCUCUGUCACCGUUAUUCCUGUUUUCCCGGGCGCUUUCCCGCAGCUUUUUAGGGACAUUGCGCAGACGGGAGGAAAAAUCUUCAUGCACGUAUACAUUCCGCCCCUUGAGCUUAUGGCAGCUUUUCAUGAUUUGAAGUGUGUCUCUGAAGUCGACAAGUCUCAGUAGCACCGGUCCUGCACAAUGAGUGACGCUGGUACCCAAUCUAUGGCCACGUUUGAUGCCAUUACCAUCUAACUCCAAUUUCGAUCUGAGGAACUCGAUUGCAGUAUUGCCUUUUGCCGUUCACCGUAUCUGCAAGUGUACGGGGACCUGGGUUUAACCCGAUAUCUCCAGACAAACACAACAAGCAUGAGGAAAUGUCACACCAUGACAAAGCGUCACAAAGCAUAAUCAUUGGGCUAUUGGGUAGCAGAAACGGGAAUCAGUUAUCACUACGAUAGCAGUGAACAUUGUGUAUUACUUGGUAUGUGAAAAGAAAAAAAAAAAGCAAAAGACAGUGCUUGAGUGACAUGCUGAGUCUGCCACCCAAAAGCCCACUGAAGACGAACACGCACAUUGUGGUGUUUUCUAGAAGAACGGAAAUCCCCGAACAUGCGGGAUGAGCGACCUGCAGCCUCUAACCAAGAUACCCUUCCUUGCAGAAGGCUAACGGUGUGGAACUCGAGAGAAGCCCACAAAUAUGGGAUGAUCUCCAGCACAGGACAAGCUGAAAGCCAUUGUUUCCGUAAAAUGCCUGGUGGAGAGACAUGGAGCAGCUCGUACAAGAGAGGCAGGCCUCGGCACUUGAAUCCUUGCACGGUCUCCUUAUUCGGCUUGCUCCGAAGCCUGUGGCUUUCAGACCUGCUGCAAUGCAUUCAAGGCAACAACAAAAAAGAACGGUGUUCCCUGCUUCGAGGCUAUGCACACGAGGUCCAAAGAAAAGGGCACGACAACCAUUUCUCCACGGAAAUUGAAAUCUACCUACGGCUGUGUGCACAAGACUUGCCGUGGAGAAACCAGCUCCCGCGGCGUAGUGGUUAGGACGAUUGCUUUCCACGCCGAGACUGGGAGGUGACGCGGGUUCGAAUCCUGUCACUGGCUGUGCUCUCCGAGGUUUUUCCUGGGUCUUCCCGAAGUCUUUCCAGACGAAUGUCGGUACACUUCACCCUGAAGUCGGCCCAAGACUCGCACUAACCCCUCUGCCCCCCACUCCUUCCUGCUGUCCUCUCUUCAUCUGUCCACGUCUGUACGCAGCUCAUAGCCACAGUUGCUUCGAGGCGUUGACGCGGAAUUAAAAAAAAAGAAUGUUCUGUUGUUUUGGAAAAUCAAAAGUCUUGGUUUGACUUCUA